UAUUUAGUCGAUCAAUUUAUAAACCAUUCUCUCUGUGUUCGCCGGCGGCGGCCAACGCCAUUCGUGGUAUCAUUCGUCAGAUCUCUUCCUACGCCUUCCAUUACUGUCCCUAUCUGUUAUUGGCGAGUUCCGAACGGAAAAAGGGUAUUUUAGCAAUGGAGAAGGCGAGAGAGUUUCUGGAGAAAUACACCACCGGCGAAGCAGCCGAUGAGGUGUCGCGGCUCAGCUUGCCUCCCCACCGACCCCUCGCCGAGUCCAGCUUCUACGAGUGCUUCGGCGGCAGAGGCGUCCGCCUCGAAGUGCUCCGCCCGGAUUUAAUCUCAUCCUCUUUCAGAGUGCCUCCUCGUCUCGUCGGUGGAGAUGGAAACCUAACUAUGGGUGCGAUCAGCACUCUAGUAGAUCUUUUAGGAGCUGCGGUGGCGUACCAGGGCGACGAUUCCUGGAAUCUAUCAGCUGACAUGUCAAUCUCCUAUAUCUCGCCUGCCAAACUGGAUGAUGAACUGGAGAUUUUGGCAAGGUGUUUAGGACGACGAGGUGGCUACUCGGGAACGCACGUGCUCGUACGAAACAAAAUAACUGGAGCAGUUGUUGCUGAAGGCCGACAUUCAUUAUUUAAUGCUCGCAGCAAUUUGUGAAUACGCUCUUACAUUCAUACACGCUUGCUCUUAUAUACACAAGCUUUCCAAAUUUACAGAAUGCUUUAAUAAAUGGGACUUUAAAUGUAUAAGUUGUAGUAUAUUCUACUACGCAUCAACCAAUUUCUGGACUCAUCUUGUAGAAUGGACGUUUAGAUCAGGUGAUGUAUGAAAGUACAUUCCGAAAUGGAUUUAACAUGUUUGAACUUCUUGGAUCAUGUAAUUUUGUAAAUAUUCAGUCUAAUAAUAUAAAUCCUACCUAUGUAAA